AAAAUAAUGGAGAAGAUAAUCAACAAUAGAUUAACUUGGUACCUUAAAAAAAAUAAAAUCAUAUCUGACGUACAAUGUGGAGGCAUCAAAGGAAGAUCAACAUUGGACCACUUGGUGUCACUAGAAACUUCCAUAAGACAAGCUUUGAAUCAGGGAAAGCAAGUAGUAACAAUAUUUCUUGAC